AGCUGGGCAAACUUAACACAGUCAGUGCGAUACGUUUAAAGGCGAAUGCAUACACAUUAUUUGUGUUGAACUAUUAUAACUGGGUCUUGUAAUCUUGUUGUUGUUUAAUUGAGAAUAACAAGCAUCACACAUGCGUAAAUUACACGCAGUUUUGAUACGUUUCCGUAAAUUACCGCGUCUUUGUUCGUCACAUCAUAUUGGCCGUGUUCGAGAGCAUCAAAACGACUGCAUGCGACUGCCGACUGAAUAAUCUACAAAUCACCCUGCAUCAUAAAUAGCGAUUUAUUAUAAUUUGUAGAUCAGUCAGGCAGUCACAAUCUACCCAUGAUGCAUUGCGGUUGUGAUCCUCUCGAACACGGCCAAUGUGGGAAGUGGUGGUGCUGAAGAGGCAACAACGAAGAUGGCGUGCUGUGGGAAUUGCUUAUGUUGUCACUGCUGCUGCAGGGAUGAAGAGACCCGAACACCCGAGGAACUGACUAUUCUUGGGGAAACUCAAGACGAAGAGGAUGAGAUCCUUCCAAGGAAAGAUUAUGAGAGCCUGGAUUAUGACAGGUGCAUCAAUGAACCAUAUGUUGAAGUUCUGGAGGAGAUGAACAAUAAGAGAGCCAAAAAGUAUGAAGCUGUGAGGUGGAUGCUGGUGUUUGCCAUUGGAGUUUCAGUAGGCCUGGUGGGUGUUUUUGUGGACUUUUUUGUACGCCUUUUCACUCAGCUCAAAUUCAACUUGGUGGGAAAAUCUGUGGAGGAGUGCAGUGAGAAAGGCUGCCUGGCUCUUUCGCUUCUUGAGCUACUGGCCUUCAACAUGAUGUUCAUCUUCAUCGCCAGUGUGUUGGUCCUCAUUGAGCCUGUAGCUGCAGGCUCGGGAAUUCCUGAGAUCAAGAGCUACCUGAAUGGAGUAAAGAUACCUGGAAUAGUCCGGCUACGGACUUUCGUCUGCAAGGCUAUCGGAGUCCUCUUUACCGUAUCCGGAGGUCUGUUUGUGGGGAAGGAGGGUCCAAUGAUCCACAGUGGAGCCAUCGUGGGAGCCGGACUCCCUCAGUUUCAGAGCAUCACUUUCAAGAAGAUCAACUUUGACUUCCCCUACUUCCGCAGUGACAGGGACAAGCGGGACUUUGUGUCGGCGGGAGCGGCGGCCGGGGUGGCGGCUGCGUUUGGGGCACCAAUAGGGGGCACCCUCUUCAGCCUGGAGGAGGGAUCCUCAUUCUGGAACCAGGCGCUCACCUGGAAAGUGCUCUUCUGCUCCAUGUCGGCUACGUUCACCCUCAACUUCUUCCGCUCGGGGAUCAACUACAACAAAUGGGGCUCGUUCCAGCUCCCUGGCCUGCUCAACUUUGGAGAGUUCAAGUGUUCAGACGGGGAUAAGAAGUGUCACCUGUGGACGGCGGUUGACCUGGCCUUCUUUGUCCUGAUGGGGGUGGCGGGAGGGCUGCUGGGGGCCUUCUUUAACUGUAUCAACAAGAGGCUGGCCAAGUACCGCAUGAGACACGUCCACCCCAAGGCCAAGUUUGUCAGAGUUCUAGAGAGUCUGCUGGUUGCCAUGGUGACCACGGUGGUGAUCUUUGUGGCAUCCAUGACAUUGGGGGAAUGUCGUGACUUGGCCUCCACAAUCACCAACAACAACACGACAGCUCUGGUGUCCCUCAACGAAGACGUCAUCAACUCUACAAUCCGCCAGUUCUUCUGCCCCAACAAGACGUACAACGACAUGGCCACUCUGUUCUUCAACCCUCAGGAGGUGGCCAUCCACCAGCUCUUCCACCAGGACGGUACGUUCAGCCCUGUGACGCUGAUUGUGUUCUUUGUGCUGUACUUCCUGUUGGCGUGCUGGACGUACGGCGUGUCGGUGCCCAGCGGCCUCUUUGUGCCCUCGCUGCUCUGUGGCGCCGCUUUCGGACGCCUGGUGGCCAACCUCCUCAAAAUCAACCUGGGGAUGGACAUCUACUCUGGGACCUUUGCUCUGAUUGGUGCAGCCGCCUUCCUGGGAGGUGUGGUCCGGAUGACCAUCAGCCUGACUGUCAUUCUCAUCGAAUCGACCAAUGAGAUCACCUACGGCUUGCCCAUUAUGAUAACCCUCAUGGUGGCCAAGUGGACGGGGGAUUUCUUCAAUAAGGGCAUCUAUGACAUCCACAUUCAUCUGAGAGGAGUGCCACUGCUGGAGUGGGAGACAGAGGUCGAGAUGGACAAACUGACGGCCAGUGACAUCAUGGAGCCCAACCUGACGUACGUGUACCCCCACACGCGCAUCCAGUCCCUGGUGAGCAUCCUGCGCACCACCGUCUACCAUGCCUUCCCCGUGGUCACCGAGAACAGGGACAACGAACGGGAGUUCAUGAAGGGCAACAUCCUCAUCAGCAACAACAUCCGCUUCAAGAAAGCAAGCGUGCUGACGCGGGCCGGGGAGCAGCGGCGGCGCUGCCAGUCCAUGAAGUCAUACCCGUCCAGUGAGCUGCGCAACGUGUGUGACGACCAGCUGGCAGCCGUGGUGCCUGCUAUGGAGGAGGGCCAGGACAUGCUGCAGCAGAUGCUGGAGAGGAGACAUGCACCCUACCCUAACCUGUACCCAGACCAGUCCCCUAGCGAGGAGUGGACCAUGGAGGAGCGCUUCCGACCUCUGACCUUUCACGGCAUCAUCCUGCGCUCUCAGCUGGUCAACCUGCUGAUCCGUGGCGUCUGCUACGCAGAGAACCAGUCGAGUGCCACGCAGCCGAGACUGUCGUACGCUGAGAUGACGGAGGACUACCCCCGUUUCCCAGACAUCCAUGACCUAGACUUGGCCCUUCUCAAUCCCCGCAUGAUAGUGGACGUCACCUCGUACAUGAACCCUUCCCCCUACACAGUGUCCCCAAACACACAUGUGUCCCAAGUGUUUAACCUGUUCAGGACCAUGGGCCUUCGACACCUGCCUGUGGUCAACGCAGUAGGAGAGAUUGUGGGAAUAAUCACACGACACAAUUUAACCCACGAGUUUCUCUUGGGGAAACUCAGACAGCAUUACAUCACCAUUUGAGCUUCAGAGUCCAGUCUUUAAAGCCGUCAAGAGUCGCCCACGUCUUGAAAUCCCUCCUUCAACUGGACCUGUACAAUACUUUUCCAUGUCUUAUCCAUUCCCCCACACCCACACUCUGUACGACACGAUAGGCACACACCUCUGCAACGAGACGUUAAAGGAUUUACUUUUGUCUGCUCCGGAGCCUCUACAGCCCAAGACAUCCCCCUGUAUCCCAAGUGUCCACGCUUUACCAACAGACCGACUUUAUCAUCUUUAUCACUGUAACACUUUUGUUUUGACUUCUGACUGUACAUUUGAAUUUUAUGUUCUCUGUGUAUUUAAAUGUAUUAUACUAUAUAUUUGCGCAAAGAACAUUUCACUGUGCUGCCAGGGUUUUCGAUCAAAGUAGGCUUUUCCUGCAGUGUUAACAAGAUGUCACAUUACGGACCAUUUCUAAUCAAGGCAUAUGUGUGGAGCUACAUUAACACAAAAAUACAGAAUUGCACUCGCAUAUGUUAAGCUUAACAGAGGACAGUUAAUCUCACAAAUAUUCAGGCAGAAAUGUUAUGGGUAUGUUUCGAAAGGACAGAGGAAGAUUGAGGAAUAUGGUGUAUGUCAAGACUGGAUAGAAUCGACCAAGGUUUUUUAGUUUUAGCUUUGUUGUUUUGAGUUAGAGGGUGUGGGACCAAGAAAGGUCCAGCAUAUUUUCUAGACAGAAAAGGGUGGACAUUUGUUUGUCAGUAUUAAGUACCUCUGUAAAACCUUUGUGGAAAUGUUGCCAUUGUUCACCUUGUAGAUUCACAUUGCAGGUAACCAAUUGGGAAACCAAUAAUGUGGUGACUUUCUGGCUAGUUUCCCCAUCCAUGUAGGUUGGGUUGGUGGUACUUUAAAGGUAGAAUCCGCAAUAUGACAUUAUCACACAACUCAAGAGAUGGUGUAAUGGUGCUUUCAAGACUGGGAACUCAGGGAAAAAAACAAGGUCAAAUCAGGACGUCAGUGAUCUUCAGGUCGGAAAGUCGAGGCUCUAGAAAGAGGCCAGAGUUUCCGAUUUGGAUGACCGUUCAAAACUAUUUUUCCAGGUUCCCAGUUGUCUUGUAUGCACUGAAGUCAGAGAUUUCCGAGUUCCCAGUUGUUUUGAACGUAGCAUAAAUUGGGAUAAGCCAGUAACGGCUGUGCUAAGUUGAUGUGUGUAAGUAGGGUGUUUGUCCACUGUCUAUUAGGGGUGUAAUGGUUCACCAUACCCACGCUUCAGUCCAUAUUGCUGUUUUGGGGUCAUGGUUCGGUCUCGGUACAGCAGGAAAAUUAAAUGCCAUUCACAAUCUUCCUGGCAUUGUCUGUUGUGAUAGGAUUGUUAUGUUGGGUCUCAAGUUUCCACUCUGAUGCUACGUUUGUAACCAUGUGGGAGGUGGGAAUUUACCAGUUUUGAAGUCAUAAAUAUCAGUUGGAUGCAUUCAUGUGAUUUGAUCUCGUUGGGAAACGCUGAUUGACUAAUGGCCAACAAGCUGCGUCAACCAUAAACUAAAAGUACAGCUAUCAUGCGUGUAAACAAAUUAGUUUCAAAACCUCAGUAAUAGAUGCUGUAAAUGCUGUUUUUUUUUUUAUAAUUAAUGUUUUGUUGCAUUUAACUGCCAAAAAUGCUCUUAUAAGUGGCCAUUUCCGUCAUAGCUGACUACAGAGGUCACCAUCCAUGUGGGAGAAGUGGUAGCUCAGGAUGAUCGACAGGUUUCCCACAAGUAAUUCAUUACCAGUUAGAGGGCCGUUCAAGUGGAUUUUUCCCAGUAGUAUGUGGUAAAUUCCCACUUGGUUGUGAACGCACCAUGACUCUGCCUCCUACAGUGCCAGAUGCACACUUGUAGCUCUCAUAAAGGGGCCGUGUCUGUAGCACAGUACAUUUCCCACUCCAGGGUAAUGUGAUGGGCUGUCACUCUUAAGUAAGUGCAACACAGGGUGCACUGGCCAAUUCAUUGAAAACGUUGGCUUUGGCUUGCUUAUAUAGAGCGGGUACUACCUAUUUGCUGAAAUGGGUGCAAGAGGGAAGUUCAUAACAUGGCUCGAUCACUUUCACGAAAUAUUCUCAACCACUGCGAAUGGGUGCAUAUCCGUGGCUAUAAACCAAAGACUGUAAAAAAUAUAUAUAUAUAAACUUAGCCCACCUAUCGCUCUUGUAAUUGAUUUGUCCCGGUCCAGAUUUAGCUGCUUGACUUUAGAGGGGAGACAUUGUUUCUUUGCAUUUCCGUCUUGCGCCGGCAUACUGGGGUGACGUCGGCGUAAAUGUGCCAACAUAUUUGAGGUGUUGGCAGCCGCAUAGGUGACAUUGUUAUCCACAACUCUCUAUCCAUCACGGUUGUAAUUUACUGUGAGGAAACCAAAAUGUUCCCAAACUUGAGAUCUAAACGAUGAUGGAGGAUCCUCUAAUUCUGGUUUAUUGACCCCACCACUCGCCAUUGUACAGAACUAAUUCUUGGCUGCGCAUCACAACAUUUUAAAUGCGCCAAAUAAGAUUACAAUUAAUUACAAUGUGCACAUAGACUACUUGUUUUAACGGAAUAGCCUGAAAAUGUUUUUUUUUUAGAUCAGAUUUACUCGAGGCAUAGGCCUACAAUGCAGCAUAGCCUAUAGGCCUAGUGUUUUUAUGUUGUAAAUAAAAACAUUUUAAUGUAUUCAUUUGGGUUCACAGUGCGGACCGAACCGAGGUCCCUGUACCGAACAGUUUGGUACAAAUACAUGUACGGUUACACCCUUGCUGUGUAUGGUGAUGUUAUAUUGCAGAGUCUACCUUUUUAACAUGUGAUUAAACAUGAUGAUGAGGCCAGUGCAGCUUUUCUAUAAAUAGUAAAGAUGGAUGUAAAGUGAAUCAAUUAUGACAAACCAUGAUGGCACAUACAGUGCCUUCAGAAAGUAUUCACACCUCUUGACUUUUUCCAUACUUUGUUGUGUUACAGCCUGAAAUGUCUUGAGUCAAUAACUAUUCAACACCUUUUGUUAUGGCUAGCCUAAAUAAGUUCAGGAGUAAAACUGUGUUUAACAAGUCACAUAAGUUGCAUGGACUCUGUGUGCAAUAAUAGUGUUUAUCAUUAUUUUUUUUGAAUGACUACCUCAUCUCUGUACCCCACAGAUACAAUUAUCUGUAAGGUCCCUCAGUCGAGCAGUGAAUUUCAAACACAGAUUCAACCACAAAGUCAGGGAGGUUUUCCAAAGCCUUGCAAAGAAGGGCACCUAUUGGUAGAUAGGUAAAAAGCAGACGUUGAAUAUCCCUUUAAGCAUGGUGAAGUUAUUAAUUACACUUUGGACACGCAGUCACUCACUACAAAGAUUCAGGCGUCUUUCCUAUCUCAGUUGCCGGAGAGGAAGGAAACCGCUCAGGGAUUUCACCAUGAGGCCAAUGGUGACUUUAAAACCGUUGCAGAGUGAAAUGGAUGUGACAGGAGAUCUGAGGAGGGAUUAUAAACAUUGUAGUUACUCCACUAUACUAACCUAAAUGACAGAGUGAAAAGAAGGAAACCUGUACAGAACAAGGCACUUAAGUAAAACUGCAAAAAAUGUGGCAAAGAAGUUAACUUUUUGUCCUGAAAUACAAAGCGUUAUGUUUUGUGCAAAUCCAACACAACACAUCACUGAGUACCACUCUUCAUAGUGGAGGCUGCAUUAUGUUAUGGGUAUGCUUGUCAUCGGCAAAGACAAUGGGGUAAAAAAAAACUAAAGAGCUAAGCACAGGCAAAAUCUAAUGCAAGACUUGAAAAGGGCGUUCUAGCAAUUAUCAACAACCUGCUUGACAGAGCAUAAAGAAUUUUUUAAAAUAAAUAAAUAAUGUGCAAAUAUUGUAAAUCCAGGUGUGCACAGCUCAGAGACUUACUGAGAAAGGCUCACCGCUGUAAUCCCUGUCAAUGCUGAUUCUAACAUGUAUUGACUCAUUUACUUAUGUAAAUGAGGUUUUUGUACUUCAUUUGCAAAAUACCUUAUUUAUAGAAGUAUUCCAACCCUUUGGUAUGAGAUCACAAGUGAGUCAUUAUGGUGUACUGUGUGUAGAUUGAUGAGGAAAAAAUAUUUUUCAUCCAUUUUAGAAUAAGGCUGUAACAAAAUGUGGAAAAAGUCAAGGGGUCUGAAUACUUUCUGAAUGGACUGUAUACACUAAGCAUUCCUUGUUAUGUUUGUGUCAUGUUUUUUACUGUUUUAUUUAAGAGUUUAUUUUUAUGAAAUGUUAUUUGUAUGAUUUGCUACAUGUACUAUAAAUGGAUAAAAUAAUAUGGCGUUACAUUUGGUCUAGAACAAGAUAAAUAGUUGUUACUUUGGGGGGAAAAAAAGGUAUUUGUUUGUAGAAUUGCCAUAGCGAGGGUUGCAAAAUGUAAGGGUAUCUUUCCCAAAAUUCCCUGGUUUCAGGAAUCAUCCAACCAGGAUUUCUGGAAAACGGUGGAAUUUUGGGUAAGUUAACAUCCACACUAAAUGUGUCUCUGUAGAUGACAUGGAUCAGAUUAAGUUGUAUGAAAAAUGGACAAGUGGUAAAUGCGCUAUGCUUAGCCAUUGUCAGGACCAGAGGGACCGUUCCCCCCCCCAAAUAACAUUAUGGACACACCAGUAUUUAGUAAAUCUGCUGUGGAGGUUUAGGCAUUGCUCUAAGCUUGGUGAUACGUUUGUGGAAGCUUGACAUGCCGUAUGUAGGAAAGCAAGCCCAUGGCAAACAACAUAGCUCCCUGGGAAAGAGAAAGCAGAAACCUCUGUCUUGUGCCUUGACAUUAACCUUCAAAAUAAAGAUCCCUUUGUUUUGUAAAUCA